CUUUCUGAUCCAUCUACCCCCACACCACCACACAUUUAUAUUAUAAAAAAGAAAAGAAUAUAUGGAAAGAGAGAACACAACUUUCUUCUCUCAAUUUCCUCAUUCCCGCUGUAAACCUUUUUCUUUUCUUCUUUUUAUUUAUUACUAAUCCCAAUGCUUCUAAUUAUUCUUAUUCUCUGACCCACCCCUCCCGAAUAUUUCGCCUUUUCAUCUUUAAAACACUCCCCACAACCAUUUCUCUCUCUCUCUCUCUCUCAAUGGCAGUACUCGAAAACGCGAACACCAAGAUCAAAAGCAAGAACAAGAACAAGAACAAUAUCAUAGAGGAGCCACUGAUUCCGGGGCUACCCAACGAAAUUGCAGAGCUAUGUCUUCUUCAUCUUCCGUACCCAUACCAAUCACUAGCACGAGCUGUUUCAUCUUCAUGGAACAGAGCCAUAACUAACCCUUCGUUUCAACAAUGCAAGAAAACACUCUCUCGCCCUUACCUCUUCCUCUUCUCGUUCCACAAACUAACCAGAAAGUUCUAUUGCCACCUCCUCGACCACCGUACGCGUUCUUCUACCGCCGCUGCUAGAUGGUUCACGCUUCCGCUGCCGCCGUCGCCGAUCACGUUCUAUGGUAAACUCCUCACCAUAGCCGGAACAAUGCGUUUUGGAACUCUUAUCUUUAGCACCGCGAUGAGCCAGUGGUCGUCGGCGUCGGCGGGGACAUUCUUUGCGGAGGAGGGGGAAAACGGAAAAAUCGUGGCGGUUCAUGGAGGCGCGAGCCUGGGCGCGAAAAUCUACGAUGCGGAGAGUGACACGUGGCGGAACGGGGCGAGAGUGGAGGUUGAGAAUGAGGUUGCGUCUUUUGAGGCAGUGGAAAACGAAGGGAAGGUGUUCGUUACGGAAGGGUGGAGGUGGCCGUUUACGGUGAUCCCGAGGGGUUGGGUGUACGAUACGCGAAGUGACACGUGGCAAGGAAUGGGGAUAGGGAUGAGGGAAGGGUGGAGCGGGGUGGCGGUUGCGGUGGCGGGAAGGAUUUUUAGGAUCCCGGAGUACGGGGAUGGGGAUGUGAAGGUUUACGAGGAGAGGAGUGACACGUGGCGGAUGGUGAGAGGGCGGUUUCCGAGGGAGAAGGUGAAAAGGCCGUUGAAGGCGAAGGGAUUGGAUGGGAAGAUGUACGUGGCGGGGUGUGGGUUGAAUGUGGCGAUUGGUAGCGUGGUUUCAUUAUGUGGAGAAGGAGGGAAACGACAACGACAGGAAGAGGGACGAAACGACAGUGUGUGUAUAGAGUUGAAGUGGGAGGUCGUGGAAGCGCCUGGGGGAUUUCGUGAAUUGGAGGCGUGUCAUUGCCAGGUGCUGUAUGCUUAGUGUAGUGGCCCGGUUGAGAGAUGUUUUUGUUGCUUUUGUUAAGUUCUUUGUAUCUAAUUCCACUUUUUUUUU